AUGCCUCAAACUUGUUCUUCGUUCUCUCCAGCGUUGGGUAUCCGCCUUCAAAGCGACCAACCUUCAUAUUCCCCAGGCGACACUAUCAUCGGUUAUGUAUACCGAAAGGCCCCCACCGUGAGUCCCGACUCAUCGGUAACAAUUGCUCUAUGCGGGAGGGCCAAGUCCAGAAUGGUAGUCAGUACCACUAAUCGAAACACUACCUACCGAGGCCGCUUUGCUCUCAUUCCUGAAAGAAAUUGCGCCCAAAAGAUCUUCCAUGGCCCGCUACACAUCGAGAGUGGCAGCGAUGAGCAGGUGUGGCCUUUUGCCAUCACUCUGCCACAGUACGUUGACCCAACACACUUGCAGGGGGAAAGGCAAGUAGAGAGCUACUUAUCGUUGGGUGCAAUGGAUCACAUUCUCCCGUCAACCUUUGUGCACGACUCCUCCAAAUCUGCCGAGGCUUUUGUCGAGUACUUCUUGAAAGCUACCAUGGUACUUACCGGACAGGGCCAUGUUGAACGGCCUGAAGCUACGCUCCCAUUUGUACUGCAACGGUGGAGUCCGGGCCCUCCUAGAGCAGACUUUGGCCUCAAAGAGUCGAAGAAUCGCCAAUCAGUGUCGACCUAUCGUCUUAUCCCGGGUAUGGAAGUUGCCAAGCUGUCAUUCUCACAAAAGAUGAAAAAGUCUUUCGGUACUUCAAGCGUCCCUACAUUUCUGUUCGAUGUCUUUGUCGAUGUUCCGACAAUUAUUCAGCUUGAUAAUCCCAAUCCCAUACCGUUCAAGAUACGUAUCGUUCCAGAGCGGAAGGCAACGAGCGAAGCCAUCAAAGAUAUUCCUGAACAGGUCAAGCUUCUUUCGGUUUCCAUUCGGAUCAUUUCUACCACAAAUAUUCUCUGCGAAGGUUCGAUUGCUCCCCACGAGGCCGUGAAAAAGGACGAGAUAGAUCUUUGCAUCAUGACUGCUCUUGGUAAACUGGCGGGGGAUAUUUAUAUUCCAUGUGCAGACGACUCCUCUCCCAUCGAUAUUGGAGAGCUGAUUGACUUGCGUCUUGGGCAUUCAAGUCCUGGGUUCCCUCAGCGUUAUAGUGCCGAAGAUGUCCGUUUCACCCACAGCUUCACCACGUACAACAUCCGUAAUUCACACAAGCUGAGCUGGACAAUCAAGGGCGAGAUAGCAGGAGAAUACUUUGGUGUGUCAGGGGCAGUGGCCUUGAAAUUGUUGAUGCCAAGUGAUGACCGAGGGGCCUUGGAUCAAAAGGAUUCUAUCGUGAAGGACGGAAAGGGUUCUAUUACCAGGGAUGACAGUGAUCUAGGAAAUGAAGCUGGUCCGUCUCGACUACAGCACAAUGAGUCUUGGAUCCAGCCCCCGGACGAGGAUGACGCGCCACCUAGCUUCAAUGAAGUAGUGCGAGAUGACGAGAAAUUACAUACAGCCGAGAAGGAUAAAUCCGAGAAGGGCGGUAAUUAG